ACAUGAACUGCCUUUUGGAGAGUUUGGUCAGUGCCUUGACUGUUCACCCAUGAACAUGUUGGCAAGACUGAGGAGUCUAUUUGGAAGAGAUAAUGGAGAGGACUGAAAGACCAGAGAGAGGCAGAAGCAAACUGGCCUUCAGCCUCCAUGUAAAACAUCAAGAACAGAAUGGUCCAGAGGAUGGUGCAGGGCCUCCAGGGAGCCCUCCUCACCAAGAAGCAGGAGAUGCAGAAGGUGGAGAGUCUGACCACUCAGCUACAGCUGAUAAUCAGACAACGGAAUGAACUGAGAAAUCAUUUCAUCUUAGUAACUGAAAGAUCCUUGGACAAUAGGCCCUAUCACAGGCCAAAUCCUUUCUACAAGAAGCUCAAAAUGGAGCAUAAGCAGGCCAUGUCAGAUCUGAAGAGAUUGGAGAAUGAGAACUCGGAAGCCUCACAGAAGAUCAGUGAUGUGACCAAGGAGAAGAGCUUUUAUUUUGAUCUGGAGAGCCGGUUCCUGAUGGGGCAGAGUCAGCUGAAGAAGAAGGUGGACAUACUGAGGCAGGAGGACAAGAAACUGCUGGAGGAUUGGGUCCUGCUGAAGCAACACUUGGGGAACAUGAAAUUGCUCAUUAAGAACCAAGAAGAGACCAGUGGCCCUCAGAACCAGCAACAGCAGCAUGAUAUUCUCACUCCAACAUAGCAUAGGAUCAACCUUGACAAGGGCUUAAUCUACAAAGACCCAAAUUUUCAUGGCUACACUUGUUUUGAAAAGGUUAUUAAAUUCUGUGGCUGACUCCCUAAUAUGUGUCCAAAGCCAGGCACAGGGUGUAGGACACUUCAUGCCACUAAAUCUGCAUGAAGAGAAUUUUGCUUAAUGAAAAAAAUUUCAUUUGUCUUGUGGGUUUGGGUUUGUUUGCAUUGAGGUUUUAUUUUUCUUUAUUUUGAUGUUUUGUUAUUUUUUGGUUCUUUCUUUUGUUCUUUAAUUUGAUAUAUCACUAAGGAUAUACACUGUAUUUACUGAAUGACCUGUUUAAGCUCCUAUUGAGUAAAAUAACUGUAUUUUCAUAAAUAAAAAUGUCAUUUCAAAAAAAAGAAAAGAAAAUGAGGUAACAAGCCAUGAGCCACAUGGUAGAAUGUAGAUAAGAAAUGUGGGUUAAUUUGGGUUGUAAAAGCUAGUUAGUAACAAGACUAAGCAGUUGACCAAUCUUUUAUAAUUAAUAAGAAGUCUCCAUAUGGUUAUUUGGGAACUGACUGCUGGACACAGAGAAACUCCACCUACAUCAAUUGAGGAUGGGAAAGGAAAGCCAGAUCUCAAAUUUUCAUUUUGGCAAAAUCUAAGAUAUGCACAUAGAGAUAUGCAGGAUGCUCAAAUAAGGAAAGAGAGGGGUAAGAAGGGAGAGAUGAGAGGAGGAAGCUGGUCAAGUGUUGUUAGCCAAUGCAAAGCAAAUCUCCUUUAAGGAUCAUAGUACAGAUUCUAGAAAGUUCCUAACAGUGACUUUUCAGAAGCAUUAGGAGGGAGAUUUGAGGAAAAGAAAUGCCUCAAAAUGAUGAAGAAAUAGAAGACCCAUUCUCUUAGAAGAUAAAGACUAGAAGAUUGGAAGCCUUUUCUGAGGAGGGUACAAACUAUGCCUGGUCUUGAUAAAUAACAGCUCAUGGAAAGUCCUAAAACAGCUACAUACGGAAGACAAACUCGUCGCCAUACCUCUCAGCCUUUGUCAGCAGCAGUGGCUAAUAGUGGAAUUCAGGGCAAGAACACAAGCAGGAUAUCUCUCCACAAAUGUGAAAAACAAACAAACUUCAAGAGAUAGAAAUAGGACUAGAGGCUGGAUAUGAUCUGAAGCCCAUGUUUCUUUCAGGACUCAAAGGACCUUUGCCUGGCACUAUGGACCACAUGUCUGUAUCCUCCAAGAUGCAUUAAGUUGAAAGCCUGCCCUACCCACAGCAAGCUGAUGGCAUCUGGAGGUAGGUGUAUGGAAGAUAAAUAGCUCAUACAAGAAGAGAACCCUGUUAAAGGGACUGGUGCCCUUGUAAGCAGGAACCUACAGAACCAGAUUUUUCUUUCUAUAAUGUGAAGAUACAGCAAGAAGUUGUCAGUCUCCAAUAAGCCUUAACAGAACCUAAACUUUUUGCUACCAGAUUCCAAACUUCUGGCCUCCAGAACUGUGAGCAAUGAAUUUCCUUUAUGUAUAAGCCAACCAUGCUAUAACACAGUCAGCCUUGUACACAGGGACAUAUAAAUCAAAUGCAAACACUAUGCUAUUUCACAUAAGGGAACUGAGCACCUGCAGCUUUGGGCAGCCCCAGAAGAACCUGGGACAAACUCCUCAUGCCCAUGGAUGUUAAGGACAACCGUAUUGUAAGGCAGCCUGAUCUGAGACAUGAUGUAAAGCUGAACAAAAUACCCCUUUAAAAGCUGUGAAGGCCAGGGGGCAGUGGCGCACGCCUUUAAUCCCAGCACUCAGGAGGCAGAGCCAGCUGGAUCUCUGUGAGUUCGAGGCCAGCCUGGUCUACAAAGCGAGAUCCAGGACAGGCACCAAAACUACACAGAGAAACCCUAUCUUGAAAACAAAACAAGCAAAACAAAAAUUCUGUGAAGAACAGAAGGAGACCAGUAUGCCUGAGGUGGGUUUUCCAAUCCUAUCCUCACCCUGCCUUGUGCUCUCAGACACAGGUGGUUGUCCCUUCCCUGUACUUGAGAGGUCAGCAGACUUUUCUGUGAAGCAUGAGAUCGUAAGGGUUUAACCUUCCCAAGCUGUAUGAUCCCUGUCUCAACCCCAGUUCUGUUAUUGCACCUUGAAAAGAGCCGGUGGUAAUAAAACCAGUGAAUGGC